AUGCGAUAUGCCACUCACCUCAUCGGCUCACUCCAGAACGUCUUGUACAGCAACAUGACAAUCCAGAUUGUAUAUGCCGGAGACGAGGACUUGCCAUCAGCAGACCGCGAGAAGCUGCAGUCCCGCUUCAAGGGGAUCGAAUUCCUGGACGUUCUAAGCGUCGUCGACGAUACGACUCUGCAGCUCGUCAAGGGAGGAUGGGCAAUCAAAGCCUUUGCGGCUCUGUAUGCGCCGUUUGAAGAGGUCAUUCUCUCAGAUGCGGAUUCGGUCUUCGUCCAGGUCCCGGAGACGCUUUUCUUAGACCCGUCAUAUGAGCAGACAGGGGCACUUCUUUUCCACGAUCGACUACUUUGGCAGCACUCAUUCGCCGACCGUCACGAGUGGUGGAAGUUGCAGAUUCACGAACCUAGCGCCACGCUAAAUAAGUCACUUGUCUGGACCGAGGACUACGCCGAAGAGGGCGAUUCGGGUGUAGUCGUUAUUGAUAAGUCGCGUCUGGAUGUGCUGAUGGGUCUGCUCCACGUAGCUUGGCAGAACACAUACGAUGUGCGCGAAGAAGUCAGCUACAAAAUUACGUACGGCGACAAGGAGACUUGGUGGUUUGGACUCGAGCUCAGCGGGGCAACUUAUGCCUUCGAGAAGCACUAUGGCUCCAUGGUUGGUUGGUUCAAGGACAAGGUCAACGACUCAAUCGAGAGAAUCUGCAGCUUCGUGAUAGGACACGUUGAUUUGCGAGACGAUCUCAUUUGGUACAAUGGAGGGCUUUUGAAGAACAAAAAGGUUGACCCAAAAGAAUUCGGGCUUCCGACUCAUACCCUGGUCGACGGAACGUGGGAGAAGGGUGGGGACCGAACCCAGAUGAGCUGCAUGGUUGGGCACAACGUCAAACCCCUGAGUAAGGACGCAGAGUGGAUUUUAAAUGGCUCCAUCGCAUUGGCACAAGAGCUGGACAAGGAGUUUGGCUUCAUUUAG